UAGUGCAAGCAAUACAGUGUAAUUAUUUUGAUUUGAGAAAAUGAAAAAAGCAUUCAAACACACGAGUACUUUCUAUAGACAUCGUAGAAAGUAUUUGAACGCAAGUGCUAAGUUUUCCGUGUCUGAGGAGGAAAACGGAGAAGUGAAAAAUGUUCUGCAAGCAGUUCCUGAGCAUUCUGAAGAUAUAUCAUAUUGCACUGAUUAUGAAGAUGAAGAAGAACUCUGGGAGCCUGUCGUCCCGUUAUCCGAGCAAUUACGGGAUUGGGCAAGCGAUAACUACAUCACCCACACUGCCAUGAAUUCCUUGCUGCUAAUUCUGCGACAGCAACCUGAUUUACACUACCUUCCGAAGGACGCGCGUACCCUCUUUCAAACACCCAAGGAAGUGAAUUUGGAAAACCUUGAUCCAGGACAGUUCUGGAGUCGUAGCAUUGGGGAUAUCUUGCUCCCAAUUUUGAAAGAUAAUCCUCAUGUUCAUAAAAUCAGCCUGCAAUUUCACAUUGAUGGGCUACCGAUCUCGCACAGUUCAAAAGCUAGUUUUUGGCCUAUCCAGUUCAGAGUGAUGGAACUCCCAGAUUUUCCACCUCAAAUAGCUGCCAUAUUCUAUGGAGACAGCAAACCAUCGUCUUUAGAUAAUUACUUGUUUUCAACGGUAACAGAAAUUGGAAAUUUGAUACAAAAUGGAAUAGAUGUUGCUGAACGAAAAGUGCAUGUGGCUGUCCACUGUAUCAUUUGUGACAGUCCUGCUCGAGCUACAGUUAAAGGCGUCGUUAAUUUCAAUCACUCCGUGGGAUGCACAAAAUGUACUGUGGUAGGAGAAUAUUAUUACAAGGGUCAUCACAUGAGCUACCACAAUUUGAAUGCGACCAAAAGAACAGAUCAAAGCUUCCGUCAAAGGUUAGAUGCUGACCAUCACAAGGAGAGAUCGCCAUUCGAGAAAUUGCCGAUUGAUAUGAUUUCGCAAUUUCCGAUUGCGGAUUCAUUGCAUUUAUUCGAUCUGGGCAUCAUGAAGCGCAUGUUAAAAGGAUGGUCUUAUGGGAGCUACAACUUCCGCACAAAAUGGUCUGGCCAAGAAAUCGAUAACAUAUCAGCUCUGCUAGACGAAUCGAAUUUAUAUAUUCCAAAAGAACUGCAUCGAAAAGUUCGGUCCCUUAAAGUCAUUAACUUUUGGAAGGGCACUGAAUUUCGCACUUUUCUUCUUUAUUUGGGAAUAUCAAUUCUUCGUGAUUAUCUUGAUAAGGAAGCAUAUGCCCACUUUCUAUUGCUUUUCACAGCAGUUACAAUUUUUACCACAGAACACUACAAGCAUCUCUACUACGUUGGACAUCAAAUUAUGACAGCUUUCAUCACAGGAUAUAUACAGCUCUAUGGAAUUGAUUCGAUUGGCAGUAAUAUCCAUAACACAUUACACGUUUUCGACGAUGUCUCGAAUCUGGGUGCUUUGGAAUCCAUAAGUUCUUAUGCUUUUGAGUCGAAUUUGUACAGAAUCAAAAAAAUGUUAAAAACUGGGAAUAAUCCCUUGUCUCAGAUUGCUAAAAGAUUAGGUGAACGCAGUCUAAAAGAAAAUAAGAAACAGAAAAUCACCCAAUUCCCCAUUCUGGAAAAGUCCAAUAUUUUCACCUCUACUUUCAUGCUUGGACCAGAUGUCAAAAACAAAUGGUUUCUAACCAUGGAAAAUGACAUCGUGGGUUUUACGGACGGAUUGAUUAUAGAUGGCCAAAUUAUCCUAAAAGGAGAUAAAUUUUUAAAAAAGGAUGAUGUUUUCAUACAGCCCAUAAAAUCGUCUAUUCUCAAUAUUUACACAGUCACAAAUGGAACUCUGACGGAACCGAACACAUAUUCUAUUAAAGAAAUUAAGUGUAAACUAAUUUGUACCAUGUAUCAUAAUAAUAUGAUCUUUUUACCUUUGCUUCACACUUUGAAAUAAAA